AUGCUGAGAGUGUCCGCCUCGGCAGCUUUCGAGACUCUUUUCGGCCAGGCUGACUUUCACUACUUUAAGGACCUAGACAACGUGUUUUCGCCCUUAGAAUACCUCGCAACCUUCGAUCUCGGCAGUGACGGAACCUUUGAGAUAAUGGUCGACCUCAGAUUCCCAAUGACUACGCUAGAGGACGGCGAUGAUCGAGUGAUGCUGCACUUAUUGGCUUGUGACGAAGCAGCGAGAGGUUUCCUUAAUCUUCCAUCGGACGCCAGUGCCAGUAGUAGCAAUGACUCAUUCGCUCCUUCGUUCUGUGCCAUGGCGAAUCGCACACUCGACUUCUAUUGCCAGUCUUUCCCAUUGGAGAACAAAUCUCCUGACAGCCUCGUGUACCAGUCCAAGAAGACAGUCGCUGGAUCGGGCAAUACCUCGUCUCAAUCGGACUUUGCGAGACUCAUGGGCAGCAGCACAACUCAACUCACUUUCUACAUCGAUGCAUGCGAACUUUUAGGCGGUACAGAUGCCAUUUUACGAUCGUGUCUCGAGUAUCCCCCACCGCCAGCAAACGGCCAUGACUCUACAUGUUACUACUGCCCGGAGAACGUCCCAGGUCGAUCAAAGGCGGACGAUGAGCGCUGGUCUAAGGAGUGUACCAUCUCUCCUCUCAUCCGAGAACCCGUUAAAGGCACUGUAGGCAUGGAGCUCUGUAAGGCGGACGGCGGGUGUAUGCUGGUAACAGACACGACUCGAGCUGCUUUUUAUGCAGCAAGUACAGCGCUGUGGGGUGGAUGGGGCUGCGUCUGGAUGUGGCACAUGCAUCUUGCUUCAAGGGGAUGUGCUGUGGCUCUGCACUACAAGUUGUUGGCCAUCCCGGCAACCCAAGUGGUCUACACUGGACUCUCCGUUGCUGCCAAGUACACCGCUGGCCAAUUUGCAAGUCCGAAAUUCAAUAUAGUGGCGAUUUCAGCGCUUCUAGCGCAAGUUGUGGCGCUAGCAAAGACAGCAGAGAUCGCUUUGUUUGUUGCAGCCGGCUGGGGGAUCACGCAGAAAUCCUUGGAGCGGAGCGACAUCUUUCGUAUUCGCUCUGUUUCGGUUGAGUGGGCUCUUGCUUUCGUUAUCUUGAAGCAGCUACAAGUCAGCAACAUCGGUAUCGCGGUCAUUUGGGGAAUCUCUUGGGCCUCCAUCAUGUUCUUGCUCCACCACUACCCAGCAGCAAAUCUAAAGAUGUGA